GAGAGAGAGAGAGUGUGUGUGUGUGUGAUCCUAUUUCUUCUGCUUGCAGAUGUUACAUAUGCAAGCGAUGGUUAUAUAUAAAAUCUGGGCGUUUGAGAUCAGAUCGAACUUCCAACUUGUUCAUCUUUCAUUAUUCACACUCCACAUUGUAUUUCAACGAUCGAGCUUUUUAAUCAUCCAAAGUCAACCCAAGAUCACGAGCUUUGACUUAAAUCUCAACCUUUGAUUUGAUCCCCGCUUCUCCAGGUCAGGUGAAAUCCAAUGGACGAGAAUAAGCCGCCUCGGGCGUCACGUAACCACCACGGGAGUUCGUCGUCGUCGUCGUCAUCAUCGUCCGGGUCGUCCGACCAUCGCGGAGAAAGUCACACGUCAUCCGCGGGACCCACCACGACACCCGCGCGGAAGAGCCGGUACGGGUACGCCGUCGACGACGGCGCGGGGGACCGGAUUGAAUGCACAGGAAGGUUCUGCAAGUCGUGCAGCGGCGCGUUGAUCGCGGACUGCGUGGCGCUCUGCUGCUGCCCCUGCGCGCUGGUGAACUUUUUGACCCUAGCGUUCGUAAAAGUGCCAUGGAUGGUGGGGAGGAAGUGCUUGGGAUUGGGGAAAAAGAAGGGGCAAAAGCGGGAAAAAAGGAGGAAAUGCAAGGGGGGUAGGAGUAGUAAACGUGGGAUCGAGUGGGUGGUGGAGAGAGGGGAGGAGGAGGGGAAAGUUCCCGAGAUUUCAUGGCGGGGUGGGGGCGGCGAGGAGGAAAUGGAGUGCGACGGUGCCAGGCAGGAGGCGGAGAGGGUGUGGUUAGAAUUGUACCAGAUUGGACAUCUGGGUUUCGGGAGAGUUUCCUUUACUGGUAUUCAGUCUCUUGGAAAUAAGGGGCAAUUAGGGAAUGUAAAUUAAUUGUUUGUGUAAUUUAAUUUAAUUUGUAUACACUUGGGGUUAGUGCAGUUCAAUUUGCUUUCUGUUUUAUUGUUUGUACUGUAUACGGAAGAGAAGCGAUUCACGACUCAUUUCUUCUUGUAUAACGGUAAAAAGUUUAAUAUGUAAAUUUAUGAAAAUAACGAUAAUAUUUGCCAUUAAAGUAUCA